AUGUACAACGCUCACCGUGGCAUGGUGCCCGGCGGGCCAAACAACCGUCUGCAGGACCUGCUUGACCAGAUUCGCCAGGAGUUUGAGAACGAAGCUGGCCGCGCCGGCGAGUAUGAGCGUCAACUCAGUACCCAGCUCCAGGAGAUGGAUCUGGUGCGCACCAAAAUAUACCAAUUGGAACAGACGCAACUCUCCAUGAAGCAAAAGUACGAGGAUGAACUGGCGCGCCUGCAGAGACAGCUUGAAGCCGCCGGAGGCCCGACUCACACUGCCCAUGUUGCCGGCUCGCAGCACGGCGGUCCGAGCCAGCCUCAGCCGCCAACCAUCGGUCACGGCCAGGGCACUUUGUUCGGCGGUAUAAUGGCGGGCGCAGGCGCACAAGGACCGGGUCUGGCUCCCCCUCCGCAGGAGGCUGCUCAACCUCAGGCUCUCCCCGCUCAUGGCGCGCCUCCGGGUCCUCCCGGCCUCAACCCCGCCCCCGGCCCACCAUCGCACCCCUCUUUUGGUGGUGCCUACCCAGGCCCCGCUGGUGUCAAUGGCUAUGGCCCGCAGGCACCACAGCCCACUGCUUCUCCUGGUCCUGGAAAACCUAGGCCUGGCCGCGGCCCCCCUGGACCCCCGACUCCUCAGCAGAACUCGGCCGCACCUUACCCUGGCUCCCCUCAGGUUCCGCGCCCCACGCCCCCGCCUGGCCAGCUGCACGAGCCCGCUGCGGCCCUUGCCGCGACUGCUCCUAACGUUGGCAACAACCUUGCGGAUCUCGACGUUGAGCACGUGCCCGACAACUUCAAGCGGGAAGGCCCAGACUGGUUUGCCAUUUUCAACCCGCGCGUCCGCCGCACCUUGGAUGUCAACCUGGUCCACACGCUUCCUCACCAGAGUGUCGUCUGCUGUGUUCGUUUCAGCCACGACGGCCGUUACAUUGCCACUGGCUGCAACCGUUCGGCCCAGAUCUUCGAUGUCCAGACGGGUCAGCUGCGGGCUCACCUCCAGGACGGCUCGCUCACCGAGGAGGGCGACCUUUACAUCCGCAGCGUCUGUUUCAGUCCCGACGGCAAGUACCUUGCCACGGGUGCCGAGGACAAGAUCAUCAGGGUUUGGGAUAUCGAAGCCCGCACCAUCAGGCACCAGUUCUCCGGACAUGACCAGGACAUUUACUCCCUGGACUUUGCUCGCAACGGUCGUCUCAUCGCUUCUGGCAGUGGUGACCGCACGGUCCGUCUGUGGGACAUCACGUCGAACCAACAGGUUCUGCAGCUUUCAAUCGAGGAUGGCGUUACUACCGUAGCCAUUUCCCCUGACAACCGCUUCGUUGCUGCUGGCUCUCUCGACAAGAGCGUCCGCGUCUGGGACACCACCAGUGGCUACCUGGUCGAGCGCCUGGAGGGAGACGUUGGCCACAAGGACAGCGUUUACUCUGUCGCCUUCUCGCCCAACGGCCGCGACCUUGUCUCUGGUUCUCUGGACAAAACCAUCAAGAUGUGGGAGUUGUCGACGCCUCCGCGCAGCAUUCCUGGCACUGGCCCCAAGGGCGGCAAGUGCAUCAGGACGUUCGAAGGCCACAAGGACUUUGUUCUCAGUGUGGCCCUUACGCCCGACGGCCAAUGGGUGCUCUCCGGCUCCAAGGACAGAGGCGUGCAGUUCUGGGACCCUGCCACUGGUAUCGCCCAGCUCAUGUUGCAGGGUCACAAGAACUCGGUUAUUUCCGUCGCUCCCAGCCCCAUGGGUACUCUUUUCGCUACCGGCUCCGGCGAUAUGCGCGCAAGAAUCUGGAGGUACGUGCAAUUUUCCCCCGACUGA